AUGUCUCCUAUCAAGAAGAAAGUGGUGAUUGUCGGCGACGGGGAGAGCGGUAAGACGUGCCUUUUACGCGUAUUUUUCGAGGAUAUUUUUCCAGAGGUGUACGUGCCAACGGUGUUCGACUAUUAUACGACCGUGAUCGAAGUUGACGGGAAAAAGGUAGAGCUCGACCUGUGGGACACUGCCGGCCAAGAGGAUUACGAUAGACUGCGACCGCUAUCGUACGGGGGCACGGAUGUAGUGAUCAUAUGCUAUUCGAUCGACACACCCAAAUCGCUGAUCAACGUAAUCGACAAAUGGGUGCCGGAAGUGCGGUAUUUUUGCAAGGAAGUGCCGGUGAUACUGGUAGGCAACAAAAAGGACAUCCGCGAUAAUCAUUUGCAGCAGGACAUCGAUCUACCGCAGUCAGACCCGGUCGACGAGUGCAACGCGACCGAAGUCACUGGGCUGCAGCAGACGACUGCUAAGCACGAUGAGGUCGCAAAUGCGGACGUGCCGAAGAACGAGAUGGAAGUGUGCGGGUUUUCGGCGGACGGCCGAUUCACGCUAGAAUCUGACGGCGGGAAACCGCGUACAACGGAAACGGUCGAGGAGCUUCCGGUGGUUCGGGCGACAUCGGAUGUCUGCGGGGGCGUGAUGUUCGUGGCUGCAGCAAGGCGACAAAACUUCGACGAAGUAUUGAAAGUUGACGAAAAAGCUGUCAUCGGACCAGAACCGGGAAAAUCUGUAGCGACCGCUGCAGAGAAUAACAACAACCCGGACAACACGCCGAGAAAAACUACCGUCAGGAUACCGGAACAUAAUGCCAUGAUUACCAAAGAGAUUGGUCAAUCAGUGGCCGACGAUAUAAAAGCUUUCGCGUUUUUAGAAUGUUCGUCGAAAACCAAAGAGGGAGUUCGUGAUGUUUUCGUUGCCACUGUGAAAGCGACAAAACGGACUUCCAAGCAUAAUGCCCAGUGCAUUUUACUAUGAACACAAGAUAAAUAAUACUUCGUUUAAUAUAUAUAUAUAGAGGCGGAGUUAUAGAAUGUAUUGGAAAUGCUUUAGAACACUCCGGACAUCAUUUCUACGGUUUUUACGCGUGUGUUUAAUUUUAAUUGACGUUUUGUGUAAAUAAUAGCCAUUUGUAUAUUUAAAGUAUGUAAUUAAUCAUUGUACACAUACAUUUAGAAAUGUAGACAAUUUUUUAAGGUUAUUGUACCUACUGCUUAAAUAUUUAUUUUGUAGAAUCGGUUGAGCGUGUUCCAAGACGAUUUUUACGCCAUCACAACAUUUAAACUAAAAUCCAUCCUUUUUACAUUGUUAUUUGAAAUCUCUUGUUUGUUGGUAUGCCUAUACUGAAAAAUGAUAUGUUUUAUGUCUGAACUUGUAAAUAAUGCAUUUAAAUGGUUUGAUAACUUGUACUAAAUUUACUGAAAUCAUUAAAUUUUUAUGUUCCUCAAUA